UUAAAGAUCUUAAAUGUGAGUUUAACUUUUAAAUUUAUUUCAAAUGUUCCGAAUUAAUAAAAUUUUAAAUUUUACACCAAAAUAUUUUUCAACCACUACUAAAUUCGGAUUUAAGGUGGUAACCCAUGAUUAUGAUGCGAUCGUUGUGGGAGCUGGUGGCGCUGGUUUGAGAUCAGCACUUGAGUUGUCGAUUUUAGGACAUAAAACAGCUUGUAUUUCAAAGUUAUUUCCAACCCGUUCACAUACAGUUGCGGCUCAGGGUGGUAUCAAUGCCGCCCUGGGUAACAUGACUGAAGAUGACUGGCGUUGGCACUUUUAUGAUACAGUCAAGGGUUCAGACUGGCUGGGUGAUCAGGACAGCAUUUACCACAUGUGUAAAAGUGCACCUGAGGCUGUGAUUGAACUUGAGAACUUUGGUGUCCCAUUUUCUAGAACUGAAGAUGGAAAAAUAUAUCAGAGAGCGUUUGGAGGCCAGAGUCUUAAUUUUGGCAAAGGUGGUCAGGCCUACAGAUGUGCAGCUGUGGCUGAUAGAACUGGACACUCACUACUCCACACAAUGUACUCCACCUGCCUCAAAUACAAUUGCUCAUUCUUCAUCGAAUAUUUCCUACUCGAUCUCAUCAAACAUCCCACUGAAAAUCGGGUGAUUGGCGGUAUAUUUCUGAGAAUGAGUAAUAUGGAAUUACAUGUGUUUAGGAGUAAUCAUGUGGUAAUUGCUACUGGAGGAUUUGGUAGAUGUUACUUCAGUUGUACAUCAGCUCACAUGUGUACGGGUGAUGGUAACGCAGCUGUGAGUAGACUCGGGUUACCAAACCAGGACAUGGAAUUUGUCCAAUUCCAUCCUACGGGAAUAUACCCCGCAGGAUGUUUAAUUACUGAAGGCUGUAGAGGCGAGGGUGGGAUUUUACGUAACUCUGAAGGUGAGGCUUUCAUGGCAAGAUACGCCCCAGUAGCCAAAGACUUGGCCUCGAGGGAUGUCGUUAGCAGAUCCAUGACCAUAGAAAUAAAUGAAGGACGUGGUUGCGGGCCAAAUAAAGAUCAUCUCUACUUAGAUUUAACACAUUUAAGUGAGGAUGUUUUUAGAGAAAAGUUGCCAGGGAUUACAGAGACCAGCAAGAUCUUUGCAGGAGUUGAUGCUUCCAAAGAGUAUAUCCCAGUACUUCCAACUGUUCACUAUAAUAUGGGCGGAGUGCCCACCAACUAUAAAACUGAAGUUGUCACCACCAGUCCCACGGGUAGUGGGUCAAGUGGUGUUACUGCUGGUAACUUCUUAGGUGACAAAGUUAAGGGUGGUAAGAAGAAGAAAAUGACAGUACCGAAACCCACCAACUCUGGGGAUACCGUGGUCUAUGGGUUGUAUAGUGCUGGUGAGAGCGCAUGUGCAAGUGUACAUGGUGCUAAUAGAUUAGGUGCGAAUUCAUUAUUGGACAUUAUCGUCUUUGGGAAAAUGUCCGGAACCACAAUUAAUCACAAGAUUCAGUCUGAUAAUAGUAAUAAAUCAAAUUUGCCUGAUCCUACACUCUAUAAAGAUGCCAUUGAAAAAGCUUCCAACAAACUACACAAUCUUCUGUCUAACACAACUAACUCUCACUCAGUAAGCUCAGCCAAUGUGGUGAAGCCUAGUGAGCUACGUCUGGAGAUGCAGAAGAGUAUGCAAAAGUAUGUAAGUGUAUUUAGGAAUGGUGACUCAUUGACUGAGGGCCGAGAGAGAAUAAAAGAGUUGGCUAAUCAAUUCCAAUAUGUGAGAAUAAGUGACUCGAGUAAAGUGUUUAAUACAGAUUUACUUGAGGCGCUUGAGCUUGAGAAUUUGUUACAGUUGAGCUUACAAACCGUCACUGGUGCUGAAGCCAGGAAAGAAUCCAGAGGUGCACACUCACGCGAAGACUUCCCCAAACGUGAUGAUGAGAAUUAUAGGAAACAUACUCUCACUUUUCUGCACAAUCCUUCACAACAGUAUGAUGGGAGUUGUGGAGGAUAUGAUGUCGUGGUCGAUUAUCGUAAUGUAAUAGAUGAAACUUUGGGGAAAGAUAUGGAAACUAUUCCACCAUUUGAAAGAACUUACUAAUCUCAUCAAUAUAUUAUAU